UCUCUCUCUCUCUCUCUCUCUCUCUCUCUCCGCAUCGUCUGUCUAGGCACAUACAUUCGAACACCCUGCCGUGCCCUGUCGGAAAAGAUCUCCAUUUUCGUACCCGUAAUUGUCGCCGGUCCUCAAUCGCCCCCCAAGAAAGCUCACGAAUCAGCAUUUCCUAUCUCCAGGUUACCAGCGACUGCAUUUUGUGAGAGGGCAAAUAUUAGCAGAAAAAGGCGAUCCGUAGAAAGAAGAAGGUAAUAAAAUCAUGUCUUUCACUGGCACACAACAGAAGUGCAAGGCAUGUGAGAAGACGGUUUACCCAGUUGAGCUGUUGUCUGCGGAUGGAGUUGAUUAUCACAAGUCAUGCUUUAAGUGCAGUCACUGCAAAGGAACGCUCAAGCUGAGCAAUUACUCCUCAAUGGAAGGUGUUCUGUACUGUAAGCCUCACUUUGAGCAGCUCUUCAAGGAGUCGGGCAAUUUCAACAAGAACUUCCAAUCACCAGCUGCGAAGUCAGCUGAGAAGUUAACAGCAGAGCUGACAAGAUCACCCAGCAAAGCUGCCAGCAUGUUUUCUGGGACGCAAGAAAAAUGUGCAACGUGCGGGAAAACAGCUUAUCCACUUGAAAAGGUAACUGUGGAGAGCCAGAGCUACCACAAGUCAUGUUUCAAGUGCUCUCACGGCGGCUGUGCCAUAUCUCCAUCGAACUAUGCAGCUCUUGAGGGCAUUUUGUAUUGCAAACACCAUUUCUCCCAGCUUUUCAAGGAGAAAGGUAGCUACAACCACCUUCUCAAGUCUGCUUCAAUGAAACGCGCAGUGGCCUCUGUUCCAGAAGCUUGACCUCCUAUUAUGUCUCCUUGCUUAUAAUCUAUUUUUUGCGGACACGUUUUUGCUGGAGUGUUUAUCUUUGUGAUUUCUCUUUGAUUUCUGCACUGGGAAACUUACCUAUUUGGGUCUUUAGUGUGUUAUUUUCUGCCAUUUAGUCGGCUUCUUCUUGCUUGGCCGAUGUAUUGGAUGCCCAUUGCCAUAACUUUGAAUGGAUUUAUGGCAAGACUUUUGUUUUGUGAUUUGAUCA